GGCUGAACAGCCGUUGCAGGAUAGAGAAAAAAGUUUCGCUCAAAUAGAGAACAAAACCAGAGCAGGUUCGUUGAAGUCGAAGGAGUAGUAGAAGAACUGAACAACAGAGGAAUCUAAGCAUCUCUCUCUCUCUCUCAAAUCUCUGAUCCCUUCAACAAAUUUGCUUUUCUCGUUCUUUUUAGGGAGAGGGCACUCUCUCUCUCUCUCUCUCUCUCGGACGAGCCAUGUUUUCAGAUAUCGAUCUCUCAAAUGGGUUUGUUCCCUCGAAUGAUUUUGUUCCCGGAACUGAAGGCUCUACAACAAAGAAGCUCAAACCACACCUCUCGAAGCAAAAUCUCGAGAACCCAGAUGGGAAAAAUGGAUUUUCCGACAAGGGUUCCGAUUUGCUGCGCGAUUCAGAUGUGGGUCUUGAUGGGUUCCGUUCUAAAGCUUCUUAUUCAAGAAUUGGGAAUCUGGGUUCUCAAGAACUGACUCUGAGCUAUCUCUGUGAUAACCCAAAAAUGGUUUUUCAAGAGAAAGAGAUUUCAGGGAAGAAUCUAUUGAGUGUGCUGGAGAAGGAUAGGUACAAGGGGAAGGAGGUGAUUUCGGAGAAUACCAAGGAAGAGGAGAGAUGGGUUGAACGAGAUUUUCUGCAACUAAACGGGGUUAGAGCGGCAGGGACGAAGCGAGAGCUUGAUCAAGAAAUAGAAAGAGAGAAGACAGACAAGAAGGCGAAGCUAGAGACUCUUAAUCUCUCUCUAGCACUCCCAGAUGUGUCUCUCUCUCUCAACUCUUCACCGAAUGCAGAUUCUUUUGCUCUCCCAAAACCUACUAGAAGCAUUCAAUCAUUGGCUCCAUCGAACAAUAAUACACGAACUGCGAGCUCUGACGACUUCACGGCUGCUUCGCUCUCCUAUUCGUACUCUGUCCCGUUCUCUCACAACCCUAGCUGUUCACUCUUCACACGCAACUCCACCGAGAACUGCGAGUACUCGUUUGGGAGCCACCAAAAAGAUACUGACCAGAUUUGGUGCUGUGGAGAAGGAACUAAUGGAUCGGUUCACAGUAGGUUCAGGCCCGUCGGUGACGGCGUUGUGUUGGCCAAUCACGGUGGCGGAGGUGGCAUCGGCGGUGGUUUUGGCCAUCAAUUGAUGCAGAGUAAUCGUCAGAUUAAUAAGGAUCCAUGUAGUCUUCACCGAACAGCGAGCUCGGAUAACCAGUCCUUCUUCCCGUCGGAGCUUCCGGCCAGGCCGAAAAAAGAAGACACGGCCUUGAUGGAUUCGAGAGGAAGAGCUUCUCGAAAGAAUUCAGAUGGGAACAGAGCAAGAAAGGGCACGAGGCCACCGAAGAGGAUUCUUUUAGAAAUUGUCUCAGAUUCUAUACCUGUGAUGGCUGGGAUGAUUCAAGACCUCCCUGAUGAAACGAUUGAAUCUGCAAAGGAGCACUUGAGGAAUCUCAUUGGGUCGCCUGAGAAGAGAGAGGAGUUGGCUGAUUUGCAGAAUCGGCUUAAGAGAAGAUCGGACCUCACUUCUGAGACACUCUCUAAGUCUCAUAGAGACCAAUUAGAGAUAUUGGUUGCAAUCAAGACGGAACUUGUGAAUUACAUAUCAGGGAAGAAUCGUAUCCCCAUGCCCGAGCUUGUGGAGAUCUUUAUGCUCAUGAGGUGUCGCAAUGUCAACUGCAAGGGUUCAUUGCCUGUUGAUGAUUGUGACUGCAAGAUAUGCUCGGCAAAGAAGGGAUUUUGCAGUGCGUGUAUGUGCCCUGUGUGUUUGAAUUUCGACUGUGCCUCCAAUACUUGCAGUUGGGUUGGUUGUGAUGCCUGUUCGCACUGGUGCCAUGCCUCUUGUGGCAUUCAGAGAAAUCUCAUUAGGCCAGGGCCUAACUUGAAGGGGUCUGCGGGAACCUCGGAGAUGCAGUUCUAUUGUCUUGGAUGUGACCAUGCUUCUGAGAUGUUUGGAUUUGUUAAGGAUGUGUUUAUCCACUGUGCAAAAGAUUGGGGUCUUGAGACCCUAAAAAAGGAGCUUGACUGUGUCAAGAAGAUCUUUAGGGGGAGUGAAAGCUUCAAGGACAAGGAGCUGCAGAGAAGGGCAGAGGAGGCUCUCUUGAAGCUUGAAAACAAUAUCAUUUCUCCAUCGGUAGCCUGUGAUUCCAUCCUACAGUUCUUCAAGUAUGGUGCAUCAGCAAUUCCCGGUUCUGGUGCCUCAUCAAAGGACUUAACUAUGGCUCAAAUAUGUCAAAAAGGAGAUGUGGUUUCGCUUUCUACUAAUUCUCCACCUUCAAAAUCUACCACUUACAACAUGAGCUCCUCCAGUGGAAGGCAGGAUCGGCUGCCAAAUGAUGUUAAUCAGAACAUUCUUAUGGGUGCUCUCACAAGAGAGCGGAGAGUCGAUGACGAGCUAGAGUCAGUCUUGAAGAAGGAUGGCUUCGACAGCCUGGAAAGCAUUGUGAGAAUCAAGGAAGCUGAAGCAAGGAUGUUCCAGAGCCACGCAGAUGAUGCACAGAGAGAGGCAGAAGGGUAUCGACGGAUGGUCCGUAUAAAGAGUGAGAAGCUGGAGGAAGAAUACGCCAGCAACAUUGCCAAACUGUGUUUACAGGAGACAGAGGAGAGGCGGAGGAAGAAGCUUGAAGAGCUAAAGAUCUUGGAGAAUUCCCACUGUGACUACUACAAGAUGAAGUUCAGAAUGCAAGCUCAAAUUGCAGGCUUGUUGGAGAGAAUGGAAUCAACAAAAAAGCAAUGGGGUGUAAACAUUUGAGGUAUCUAACAUUUAUAUGAUGAAAUGGAGUGAAGAUGAGGUUUCGAAUGAUGGGCUGAGAUGACGGCGGCUUGUAAUAUGUUUGAGUUGUUGCCAUGCAGAAAUUGCUUGGUGUAUGUAAGAUUUUCCAAUGUCAACUUGAAUUUUAGAUAGGAAAAGGAAUGUGUUUAUUGCC